CUCCCGAGUAUUACUACUUAAAGGUUAGCUUUAGCCUUCUACCGCCUAAGACGUAGACAGCAAAAUUGAAGGUAGUUGAAAUCCAACCUGUCUCUACGUUCUUCGAGCUUCUGUCAUCAUGGCCGAGCAUCCUUCGUUUACUCUUGCCGUCCUCUUGCCUGUAGGGGGUGUCUUUGGGUACCUGCGGACACGCUCAGCACCGUCCUUGAUUGCGGGUCUUGGACUUGGAAUCUCAUAUGCGUACUCUGGUUAUUUGAUCAAAGAGAACAAGGACUUUGGAACAGAACUUGCCUUGGGAAACAGCAUUCUUCUUCUAGGCUCUGCAAUCCCUAGAGUCGCUAAAACGCGGGCCAGGGCCCCUAUGCCUUUAAUACUCGGGACCACUGGGUUAUUGGCAUCAUACUACUAUCAAAAAAAGGUCCGGGAAUUUCGAUUUGGGGUUUAGAUACUAGACCCAUAGCCGGCAAUGUCUGAUAGAAACUUUCAACUGUGUAUUUGCCUAGACAUGAGUCCCUAUCCUUUUAGUAGGCCAAGCAAAUUUCGAGCCUGUGAUGAGUUUGCAAAAUAUUGUCUCAUGUAUGGUGUUUCAAGGUGCGCAAUAAGCUUGUCUACACAGCGAGUUACGUUAUGAAACGUUAUAAUUAAGUUCUGUAACCAUGUCUCAUCCUUGGGUUGGAGCCCGCUUAGAAAUCGGGGUAUAUCUUGGCAGCGUCCAGUAGAAGAAUCAGAC